AGACCUUACAAGUGUACUACGGAUAAUCCUCUGCUUCUAAAGUCGUUAUGAAGAGACAUUCAUUGGUUCAUUCAGAGAGAGACCUUUUAAGUGCUCUACAUGUGGCAAAUCCUUUACAACCAGAAGUGAUACAAAGAGAUAUUCAUUGGUUCAUUCAGAGAGAGACCUUUUAAGUGCUCUACAUCAUGUGGCGAAUCCUUUACAACCAGAAGUGAUAUGAAGAGACAUUCAUUGAUUCAUUCAGAGAGAGACCUUUUAAGUGCUCUACAUGUGGCAAAUCCUUUACAACCAGAAGUGAUAUGAAGAGAGUGAAGAGACAUUCAUUGGUUCAUUUAGAGAGAGACCUUUUAAGUGCUCUACAUGUGGCAAAUCCUUUACAACCAGAAGUGCUAUGAAGAGACAUUCAUUGGUUCAUUCAGAGAGAGACCUUUUAAGUGCUCUACAUGUUGCAAAUCCUUUACAACCAGAAGUGAUAUGAAGAGACAUUCAUUGGUUCAUUUAGAGAGAGACCUUUUAAGUGUGCUACAUGUGGCAAUCCUUUACAACCAGAAGUGAUAUGAAGAGACAUUCAUUGGUUCAUUCAGGGAGAGACCUUUUAAGUGCUCUACAUGUGGCAAAUCCUUUACAACCAGAAGUGAUAUGAAGAGACAUUCAUUGGUUCAUUAAGGGAGAGACCAAGUGGAUUGCAUUGGAACACUUUCUGUGGAUUUAACAAACAAGUUAUUUGUCAAAGUCACGGGGUUGUGCUGGAGGCAAUUCCUCAGGUUGUGGCAGUAAAAGGAAUUAAAACAACAGAUUAUAUUGAUUUAAGAAUUUAUAUGAUACAAUAUAAUAAUACAGAAAGACAAUAGAAAAUUAAAAUUACUCAAGUAUAUUGUAAACUACCUAAUAUGCAUAGCAAGAUUUGAAUAUGAGAAGAUUCAAUGUUGAAUGAGAGAAGAAGCCUAUCAUGUAUCUGUUAUGUACAUUUAAGAAGUCCUACUAAGAAGAUUACUAUUUAAAAUACAUACAAAGCCUUCUGAUUUGUUAAGUUUUCUGAAUAGUCACUAGAUUUAUGUAAUAAGUUUAACGGAGAUAAAAGUGCAAGAGUAGAAAUGUUAACUCGUACUCAAGAUUUUCCUCUCAAGUGUCCAAUGUGUGAGCAAAGAUGUUCAACUCAAUCAGCAAUGAAGGUCCAUAUAUUAUAUCACACAGGAGAGCGUCCCUUUAAAUGUUUGACAUGUGACAAAACCUUUUUCCACCUAAAACAAGUAAAGCGUCAUUUGUUGAUACAUUAUUGGAAGUGUCCUUACAAGUGCACUUUAUGUGAAAAAUCCUUUGUGUCUGCAGCUGUUAUGAAUACACAUUCAUUGGUUCAUACAGGAGAGAGACCUUUCAAGUGUUCUUCAUGUGGAAAAUCCUUUAAAACCAAAGGUGAAAUUAAGAGUCAUUCAUGGGUCCAUACAGGAGAGAGACCUUUUAAGUGCUCUGCAUGUGGCAAAUCCUUUAAAACCAAAGGUGAUAUUAAGAGGCAUUCAUGGGUCCAUACAGGAGAAAGACCUUUUAAGUGUUCUACAUGUAGUAAAUCAUUUGCAACCAAAAGCGAAAUGAAGAGACAUUCAUUCGUUCACACGAGAGAGAGCCCUUACAAGUGCACUUCAUGUGGGAAAUGCUUUGUGUCUAAAGCCGAUUUGAAGAAUCAUACAUUGCUUCAUACAGGAGAGAGACCCUAUAAGUGCACUAUAUGUGGCAAAUCCUUUAUAACCAAAAGCGAAAUGAAGAGACAUUCAUUCGUUCACAUGGUAGAAAGCCCUUUUAAGUGCACUUUAUGUGGAAAAUCCUUUGUGUCGAAAUCCGUUAUGAAGAAACAUACAUUGGUUCAUACAGGAGAGAGACCUUUUAAGUGUUCUACAUGUGGUAAAUCAUUUGCUACCAAAGGCGAAAUGAAGACACAUUCAUUCGUUCACACCAGAGAAAGCCAUUACAAGUGCCCUUCAUGUGGAAAAUCCUUUGUGUCUAAAGCCCUUAUGAAGAUACAUGCAUUGGUUCAUACAGUAGAGAGACCCUAUAAGUGCACUACAUGUGGAAAAUUCUUUGCAUCAAAACACUAUUUGAAGAAACAUACAUUGAAUCAUACAAGAGAGAUCCUAUAAGUGCACUGCAU